GCUUGGACAUCGCUGGCUAGACCAUAACCUCAAAUCCACUGCUUUUCCCAUUUUCAAAAUACAUCCAGCCAUAUGGGGAUUUUAGUUAUUUUCUAAUUAUUUUUUUAUGAGAUAUACAGCCCAUAAUCUCCAGGAUUUAUAAUGACGCCAAAAUUGAGAAUUUCUUCCAGCGUCUUACAAAGACUGCAAGAGUUGACCUCCAAGAACACCGGAAGGCUCUUCGGUGUGAUGUCAGAGAACUCUCUGACAGUGCUGAGUUUCGCUCUGAAUCCCCUGGGAGACGAUGACUGUUCAAUUCUCCCAACGGCCUUGCAGUUGAACAUGCCAGUGGAGAUAGACCUCUGUGGUGUUCUCUUUAUAGGUGACGCUUCAGAAAAAAUUCCAGAGGCUUUCAAGGACAUCGACAUCACUGACAACCCUCUGUUGCUACGAUAUACUCUGGGUGCAGAGCUGGUCCAGCCGUUCGUCUACGUUCACCAAACAUUGAAACCAGCCGGCGAACCAGAGGUGAUCAACGAGUCCGACAUCUGGGAGAGGUUUUUCUAUCUUCGUCUGAGGACGAGCAUUCCCAUGGUCACCCAGAGAUCAGAGAUAGCCGAUGCAUUCCAAUCCAUGAGAAAGAAUUUAGCCUCCGGAUCCAUGGGAUUCCAUUUCCCAGAGGUUGAAAUGUACCUCCUGGGCAGCGACAGCGAAUCCAAGAUGUUUAGUAUAAAAGAUUUACCGAAGACUCCUAGGAGGAGCCUCCCGGGGACUAUUGCAGCAAUUGAUGCGUCGAUGCUUACAAGAAUGACAAGUGAAAAAUCAGAGGGUUCUUUGAAAUAUGCACCUGUCCUACAGCAUGUCAAACGACACUUCCAGAGUCUUCAGUUCGACAUCAAUAUCGAUGCUCUCUCUGUUGUCGAGGGUAGUAUCAGUGCCACGAGACUUUAUUCAAUUCUCGUUGAGUCUGUCUGUAGAAAUUUGAGGCUCAUCGAGAGGUCUUUCAUGGAGGAGUUAGAGCAGGAGCAGGAGUUGAAGGUUCCGGAGAUACUGCAUUUUAAACCGAGGAAUUGCAUGCAUCUGGUGACCAUUGCUUGUCCCAAGGAAUCACAAGACGACUCAAUGGCCUACAGGAAUUAUAGGAAAAAUCUUCAUAAAGCGCUGUCCUUCGACCUCUCGAAACCUCUAUUUUGCAGAGGUAAUGCCGUCAAGUUUUCCAGUGAUUUAACCAGUAACGAACCGAUUUUUAAUCCUCACGAGGCCGUUCCAAGCCUUGGGAGUAAUUUCUCCACUAGUUUAGUUAAGGGGCUCUAUGCCUAUCAUCAUUAUCUGCAGGACAACUUCGAUGACAGUGGGUGGGGAUGUGCAUACAGAUCAUUGCAGACAAUUUUUUCGUGGUUCAGGCUCCAGGGAUACACUGAUCACCCAAUUCCGUCUCACAAAGCCAUUCAGAAGUGCUUGGUGGACAUCGGUGAUAAAACUCCUAAUUUUAUAGGAUCCAAACAGUGGAUCGGCUCUACGGAAGUGGGAUUCGUUCUCGAGACUCAGCUCGGUAUUUCAGUCCGAGUAUUAUGCGCUGCCACUGGGGAACAGAUGGAGGAUCAAGUGAUGAGCCUCAAGGAACACUUCCAAUGCCAGGGAACGCCAGUUAUGAUAGGAGGUGGUGUACUGGCUCACACAAUUAUCGGAGUAGCUCACAACGAAGAAACUAAUGAAAUAAAGUUCUUAAUUCUCGAUCCUCAUUACACAGGAUCAGAGGAUGUUAAGAUUAUUGUUAGUAAAGGCUGGUGUGGUUGGAAGGGACUAACUUUCUGGAAGAAAGAUGCAUUCUAUAACAUGUGUCUACCACAGAGGCCAGCGAGAUACUAAAACCAUUCGAAUUUUUAUUCAUUAGAGAUUGGAGAAAGUCGAUUCAUCAAAAUUCAUUUAGAGAUAUUCUGAAAGGGGUGUUUUUUGGGCACAUUUACCAAAAAUUCAUUCAUUCAUUCAACUCAUUACAUUUUAUCAAUUGAGCACAGAAUCAUCCAGUAUGGAAGUGAUUUUUUUUUUGCCUUUGACGGUGCAUAUUAUUAUUCAUUGGAAAUGAAGUUUUAUCCAUAAAUUAUUUACUGUAGAUAAUACAUUAUUUAAUAAACGUUUUCAUGUUACA